AUACUGGGUUACGUGACCAGGGGUGGCUCUAGACACUAGUCUUCACUAUCUUUUUCAUAGAUUAUACAAAUCAUGCAUUUUAUAGAGCGUUGUUCAGCUUUCAGAAAUUUCCUACUUCAAGGGAACUCAUCUUGCUUUUGUUCCCUAGUCUCGAUUUGGAUCCGGCAUGCUUUGUCAAGGACUAAUUUGAUUGCUGCUUUGCAACUCGUUACUCUGCUAAACGGCACAGGCUGGGCCAUGCAAGGUGGAAGAAAAGAUGGCACUAAUUCCCUCGGCUCCAGAGCCGAAGCCGAGCUGCCAUCGCCGGAGUUCGACGUGUCUCAGCUCAUAGAUUCUUUUGCUCGGAUGGGAUUAUCGGCCAAGCAGAUGGUGGUACUGUCCGGCUCGCACACCGUGGAGUGGGAUUUUGCGACAAAUUCGUUUCGCGCCUCUACAACUUCAACUCGACCUUCUCCACGGGUCCCUCGAUGGACCCUGCAUAUGCCACGGAGCUCAAGAACAUUUGCCCCAGCACACUUUCAACACCUCCAUCGAAGUGUGUUCGAGGCCAACUACUACAAGACGACGCUGCAGGAGCACAAGGGCCUCUUAACAUCGGACCAGUCGCUCUUCGACGAUUCGCGCACAAGGGCCAUGGUGACAUCGCUGCUGAAUAAACGUCGAUUCCAGAAGGAGUUCGGAAAGGCUAUGCGUGCUAUGGGAGCAGUAGGAGUGAAAACCGUGGGCCAGAUUCGCACCAACUGCAGGGCGGUGAACGCACAGUAGAUGAUGCCGAGUUGCUGUUCUUGAGACUUGUGGAGAAGUUGACU